AUGGGCGAUCAGCUAUGGAUGGCUAGGUACCUUCUGCAUCGGGUAGCUGAACAGUUUGGAGUUAGCGUGACGUUCCAUCCUAAACCUGCGGUGACCAGAGGAGACUGGAACGGCUCCGGCUGCCACUGCAACUUCUCCACGGACGAAAUGCGAGCUGAAGGAGGGAUUACAGCGAUUGAAGCGGCUAUGCCAAAACUCGAAGCCACACACAAGGAGUGUAUUCGUGUAUACGAUCCCCAUGAUGGAGAAGACAACAAGUACAGCACCUAUUUAUUGAACAUUCAGCUUCAGUUCCAUUUCUUUGAUUGUUAG